GUAGUGAGCAGCCCUGUGAGCCUGGCAGUGAGCGUGCCGUGCCGCUCCUCCCGCCGGGGACGCCCGCAGCCUGCUGGCCUGCUGGCCCGCACGGGGCCUGCCCACCUAGCCCCAUGCUCCCUGCCUGCACAGCCCCCCACUGAGGCAUGCCUGGGAAAGCAAAGCACCUGGGCAUUCAAAGCAGCCACAUGGGCCUGGCUGUGUCAGAUGGAGAGUUAAACAGCUCCGGGGCCCGGGGCAGUAGCCACAGUGUACACAGCCUGCCUGGUGCCCAGAACGCAGGCUGCGCUGCACAGCUGCCCGUGGCUAGCUGGGCCGAAUCCUUUGAGAUGCUGCUUCAGGACCGGGUGGCCGUCACCUACUUCACUGAGUUCCUGAAGAAGGAGUUCAGCGCUGAGAACAUUUACUUCUGGCAGGCAUGUGAGCGAUUCCAGCAGAUCCCAGCCAGGAACACACAGCAGCUGGCCCAGGAGGCCCGGCGGAUCUAUGACAAGUUCCUGUCCAGCCACUCAGUCAGCCCUGUUAACAUCGACCGGCAGGCCUGGAUUGGGGAGGAAAUGCUGGCCAUGCCCACACCUGACAUGUUCCGAGUCCAACAGCUCCAGAUCUUUAACCUGAUGAAGUUCGACAGCUACACACGCUUCGUGAAGUCCCUGCUGUACCAGGCGUGUGUGACGGCUGAGAAUGAGGGGCAGCCGCUCCCUGACCUGCGGGCUCACUCCCGGAACAGCAGCCCCCCACCUGACCUUGGCAAGAAGGUGAUGCUGAAGGCGGGGAAGUCCCUGCCGCUGGGGGUGGAAGUGGCCGGCAGCUGUGUUGGCAGGAGCCCCCAGAGGUCCUUCAGGAGAGGGGAGCGGAGAGAGCCCUUGUGGACAGAGGUGGGAGACGGCAAUGGGGGCUCGUCCCUGUGGCGUGAGUCCCAGGGCUCCUUGAAUUCCUCUGCGAGCCUGGAUCUGGGCUUCCUCUCAUCAUCCUGCAGCAGCAGCAGCAUGGCCAGCAGCUCCCAGGCAGAGGUAAGUGCUCUACCGUGGGGUGGGGCCUGCUGCGUAGCCGUGCCGCCCGCCGGGCUGACACCGCCUCUUCCCCUGCAGAGCCACAGGAAGAACCUGGGAGGCGCAGAGCCGGACCCGCAGGCCAGGCCCAGCAAGUACUGCUGUGUGUACCUGCCGGAUGGCACGGCCUCGCUGGCCUCGGUGCGGGCUGGCGUCUCCAUCCGCGACAUGCUGGCAGGCCUCUGUGAGAAGCGCGGCUUCAGCCUUCUUGACAUCAAGGUCUACCUGGUUGGCAACGAACAGAAGGCGCUGGUGCUGGACCAGGACAGCAUGGUUCUGAUGGACCAGGAGGUGAAGCUGGAGAACAGAAUUAGCUUUGAGUUGGAAAUUUCCCCCCUCAGUAAAACUGUGCGAAUCACCGCAAAGUCGAACAAGUGCCUACGGGAGGCGCUGAAGCCCAUGCUGGGGAAGUACGGCGUGGAUGUGGAGCGGGCACUGCUGCGGCGGCAGGGGGAUCCGGGAGCCCUGGACCUCGAGAAGCUGGUCAGCACCGUGGCUGCGCAGAAGCUCAUCCUGGAAGCUGCAACAGAAGUGAAAGUGACGGGUGCCAGUGACACUGCCGUGGCCACUUCCCCCCUUCAGUGCAAGGAGGGUGCCCCCACAGACACAGAGGUGGAAGCAGACAUGCUGUCAGAGGUGCCCCCCUCCUUCACCAGGUCCAGGCCAGCAGCCCCGAGGGGCAUGAACCGGUGCACGUAUGACCUGGAAGGGCUGGUGGAGCUGCUGAACCGGGCCCAGAGCUGCAGGGCCAACGACCAGCGUGGGCUGCUCUCUAAAGAGGUCCUGGUCCUGCCCGACUUCCUGCAGCUGCCGGGGCAGGAUGCUGGCCCCAGCAAGAGCUCUGAGCGGCAGCAUGGCCCCUGCGAUGCCAGCCCCACCCCAAAGGGGGCUGGUGCCCCUCGCCCUCUGGAUCCUGCACUGGCACAGCCACCUGUCCAUUCUGAACUGCACUGAGGCCCAUGCUGCACUUUCUUCAGAGCUAGCGCUGAGUUGGGGUCAGUCCCAGUGCCCUGGUCAAAUCCUGCCUCCCUAAACUGUUCUGACGGUUUCAGGAAACUACAGUAUUCUCCACUUCCUGUCCUAAACUGUUGUGUAGUGUUGCUGUGAGUUGUUAAACAGCUGCCACGUUCCACCCUAGAGGUGGCUGCAUCUCAGUGGCAAGUGAAGUGAGCCUGUAUAUAAUUUGAAUGUCAGUUGUUUGUAAAGCACUUUGGGAUGUAAAAUAUGCCUGAUUAACAACCUGUGUGGCCCAGCG